GUAUCAGAAAAAUGAAGAAUCCGUCAAGUUGGUUGCGACAACUUCUUGCAUCAUUCAAGGAGGCGCGUAUAAAGAAAACAUCAUCUACACAGGAUCAAUCAGUCAGUGUUUUGAGAAAGCCUAUGCCCAGUGAAAUUGUUGCUAAAAAGGAUGGGUCAGCUGCACAAUUUGAUCAAAUAACUCAUACAGGUCAAGCGUGGGAUCAGGCCGACUAUCGUCUUGCUCGUUUUGAAUAUUCUGCGAAGCAAGUGAAUCCUAAUAUUGCUGCUCACCUUGUUGCAGAACAAGCACCUGUACCAAGCGAAGAUAGCGUUGUUUUUUGUGAUGGUGGUCACUUCCAUGGAGGUCAUCCAAAGGUUUUUAUCAACUUGGAUAAGCCAGGAACUCAUGCUUGUGGUUAUUGUGGACAGCGAUUUUAUAAUGUGCAUAGUACUGGACCUGAGAAUAUGGAAACGGCACAUAUACAAGUUUAA